AUGAAAUUGGAAGGGGCUGAAGCGGGCAUGUUUGACCCACAGAAACACCAAUCCUUGCAGGCAGAUUUAUUUGCCAAAGUGGAUUCAACAGCGAUGCCUUCCGAAGUGGUUCAUUAUUGUGCCUCCCUCAAUGAGGAUAAAUUUCUCCAUAACGGCGACGGUAUAUCGCAACACGCGCGUUGUAAUUUUCAUGCCCCCUGUGGAGGCGUGAGGAAGGCCCACCAGCACUACUCCUCUGUUUCUCAACAAACUCGAGGCCCCUGUGUGCUUCCCAGCUUUGCCAAGGAGGAUGCCAAGCAGAACAAGGAUGUCUCCUCGGUUACUGGUUCUUGUGGUUUGCUUUCAAUGUUUAAACCCUACAAGAGGGCACACGAUGCCUAUCUGAAGUAUCAGCGCAGUUUACCCUUUAACACCGUCGUGCCGGAGCCUCCUCACACGUUUCAUGAUUAUCUUGCAGCGUCCUUGAGCUACUACCUUGCUAAGGUAUUUUACAUCCUAAUUCUCGUAGCUUUGAGUCCCGUGUGGGUUGUUGUGCACAUUGUCUUAGUCGUGCUGGACAGCCGACAACGCCGUGUGUGGCGAAACUACCGCCGCAGUUGGCCGCACCGUAGUCAAUCACUGGUGCGUCCUGUCAAGUACACCUCGGAUUCUUCCUUUCCACUUGAGAACUGGCAUCUGCGCUGCGAAGAUGGUCGUCAGAGGUGGUACUACGGGUCAGCCCUCCGGAAGGCGGAGGAGGGGAACGAAUUGGGGCGUGCACAGGCCUGCGGCUUCGUAGACCUCGAGUCUUACCACGCCCGCCUGAGUGAGCAGGGCGCCCUUGGUCAAAAUCCAAAGCCGGAUCCGGAGCUUUUAAGCGCAAAGAUACAGCAACGACGCGAGUUCGAGAGGUAUCAACUUGGGCUCAACAAACCGUCCGUUCGCCGACCACGGGAGUCGUCCGAGAAGGCAAUGCAGGACGGGCUGGCGUUUCUCAUGCGGCUUCAGGAUCCCUUUUCUGGGCAUUGGCCUAAUGGGUAUGGUGGGUGCAUGUUUUUGACCCCAGGUUUCAUUUUCACCAAGUUUAUCGUCGCAAACGGGGACCUCGGCAGGAUGUUUCCGCCGGUCAAAGACCACAGUCAUGUGCCGUGUGGAGAAGGCAACCAGGGGGAUGUACAGGGGGUAUUAGGGGGCCAGGCAGAGGGGCCGCUCAUGGGCGAAGACAUCCUAUCUUGCGGCACGGAUGGGCGCACGAGGGAUGAAGCGCCGUGUUAUUGUGAGGAGGCCAAGCGUCUAGAAUUCAUUCGGUAUCUCCGCAACUACCAAAACGACGAUGGCGGCUGGGGACAACACAUUGAGGGACACAGCACAAUGCUUGGUACGGUUCUUAACUAUAUAUCGCUGCGCAUGAUGGGGGUGCCUGCCGAGGAUCCGUCGGCGGCCUCUGCGCGGCGCUGGAUCCACGCCGAGGGCGGGGCGGUCUACACCCCGCUCUGGGGAAAGAUGUGGCUCUGUAUUCUCGGUUUGUUCAGCUAUGACGGCGUGAGCCCCUUGUUGCCUGAGCUAAUCCUUCUCCCGCGCUGGAUCCCUUUCUCAAUACAGCGCAUGUGGUGCCAUAGCCGAAUUAUUACAUUACCCUUUUUGUAUUUGUUCGGCUUACGUUGGAGUGCGUCACCGCAUCCGCUGCUAGACGCCCUGAAAAUGGAGCUUUUCGUUCAACCAUUCGCUAGUAUUUGUUGGCGGCGCUAUCGGUACGAGGUGUGCCCCAAGGACCUCUACACGCCCGUGUCGAGUAUUUUAAAAGUAGCAUCUAGAGUGCUUGAUCUGUACGAACGACGCCCGAUCUCCUUCCUGCGGCGGUAUGCGUUGGAGAAAUAUUGGCAGCAUAUCGCCUACGAUGACGAGAGCACGCAUUUUAUUUGCCUUGGGCCCGUUAACAAGUGCCUAAACAUGCUUGUGACGUGGAUUCGGGAGGGGGAAAAUAGCGCGCGGUAUCAGCUUCACCUGCAGCACAUCAAUGACUACCUUUUUAUGUCACCAUAUGGCAUGUAUAUGAGCGGAUACAACGGUUCACAGCUCUGGGAUACGAGCUUCGUUGUGCAGGCGACAUGUGCGUGUAAGAGCGAGAUGCUCUUUCCGAAUGAAAUGACUUUGGCACACCACUAUGUCGAUAUUUCACAGAUCCGAGAUGAUCCCAUUGAAAAGGAUUACUUUUACCGCCACCGCACGAAAGGGGCGUGGACCUUUUCAACGAGGAAACAGUUCUGGCAGGUGUCUGACUGCACUUCGGAGGGGCUUCGGGCUAUAUUACUAUUGAGGCACAUACCGUUUCCGACCCCUCGUAUUUUUGACGCUGUUGAUGAGAUUCUUUCGCUUCGCAAUGCAGGUGGGGAUGGUGGGUGGGCGUCGUACGAGCCCAAACGUGCUCCGCGUUAUUGCGAGCUGCUAAACUGCUCGGAGAUGUUCAAGGACAUCAUGGUCGAGUGCUCCUACGCUGAGUGCAGUAGUAGCUGCAUUCACACCCUUUCGCUAUUUCGAGAGCAGUUUCCAUAUUACCGUCGUAGUAGCGUCAACACCGCCAUCAGUGAGGGCAUCGCCUACGUUUUUUCAACUCAGAAUCCGGAUGGGAGUUUUUACGGAAGUUGGGCCAUUUGCUACACUUCUGCUGCUUGGCUCGUAUCGAGUGCGCUCCGGGUUUCCAAAGAAUUCCCAAAUAUCGCCAAUCACCCACACUGUAGGAAGCUCGCCGACUUUCUGAUGCGUCAUCAGAAUAAUGACGGUGGCUGGGGUGAGGAUAUGAACUCGUGUGUACGGCAGGAAUGGGUUGACAGUUCAGAUGGCAGCCAGGUAGUGAAUACUGCGUGGGCGGUUAUGGCAAUCAUGAACGUAUCGGGGGAGCCUUACCACACUAAUUCUGCACGGCGGCAGCGGAUCAUAUCUGCGGUGGACCGAGGUAUUCAGCUCAUUAUGUCAAGGCAGCUGGAUAGCGGUGAUUGGAACCAGGAACGGAUCAAUGGCAUGUUCAAUGGCAAUAACCCUAUUCACUAUCCCGGAUACAAGAACUCUAUGACGGUUUGGGCUCUAGGGAUGUACAACACUUGGAAAAGGACUUUUAAAAGCGCCCCAACUGAAUAA